AUGAGCGCAGACGAUCAAUUCGGUGAUGCAAAGGCAGACCACCAUGGUGAAACCGAAGAAGAUGAGACUUUUACCAAGUUCGGAAAGGACAUCUCUGAGGUAGAAGUGGCAACACUCAUGCUGGAGAAUCGCAAGGAAUUGGAGAAGAAGUUCUUGCGAAAGCUUGACAUGAGAUUGCUGCCCUUGAUGAUGUUGAUCUAUGUUUUAAACUACCUCGAUCGCAACAACAUCGCUACCGCGCGACUGGGAACCCUGGAGGAAGAUCUCGGUCUUGUCGGCGAUCAGUAUAACACUAUCAUCAGCUUAUUCUUCAUUGGAUACGUGCUCACCCAGGUGCCGACCAACAUGAUUCUCAAUAAGAUGAGACCAUCAAUCUUUCUGCCUGGCGUCAUGUGCUGCUGGGCUAUUGUGAGCACAUGUACGGGAGCAGUCCAAGGUUAUCAAGGACUUCUUGCACUGCGAUUUGUUUUGGGCUUUGUGGAAGCGCCUUUUUUCCCUGGUGCUCUGUUCCUUUUUUCAUCCUGGUACACAAAGAAAGAACUCGCCGCUCGGAUUUCGAUCCUUUACGUCGCUGCUCAGAUAUCGGGAGCUUUUGGUGGCCUUCUUGGUAGUGCUAUUAUGUCCGGCAUGAAUGGAAAGGGGGCCUCCCGGCCUGGAGAUGUCAUCAUCGAGGGCGCAGCUACAAUUCCAAUUGCCCUAUUUGCGAUGUUCGUUCUACCAGACUACCCAGCAACCACGAAAUGGCUCACCGACGAAGAGCGAAUUCUAGCUAUCGCCCGCCUUGCGGAGGACGCGAAUGAGACGGACCAUGAUGAGACUCAUAGUAAAUGGGAAGGUCUCAGACUCGCCUUCACUGACCCAGUACUUUAUAUCAUCUGGCUGAUGCAGCUGGGACUCAACACAUCAGCCGCAUUCACUAAUUUCUUCCCGACUAUCGUUGAAACACUCGGCUACAGCACAACCAUCACACUGCUCUUGUCUGCGCCGCCGUAUAUCUUCGCUGCUAUUCUUAGUGUCACCAACUCAUUUCAUAGUGACCGUGUAAGUGAGCGUUGGCUCCACGUGGUCUGGCCGCAAGUUUUCAGCAGUAUUGGGUUCAUCAUCAGUGCUGUUACCCUGAAUACCGCGGCUCGGUAUAUUUCCACGUUCAUGAUGAUGUCUAUCUACGGAUCGUUUGGCUGUAUUCUUUCUUGGGUUUCGACUUCACUCCCACGACCGAGAUCUAAGCGUGCAGUGGCCUACGCCGUUGUGAAUGCCGGGUCCAACUUCGCAUCAAUUUACGCGAGUUAUUUCUAUCCAUCUAGUCAGGGUCCUCAGUACUGGCAGGCGAAUGUUGCUAACGUUGCUUUCUGCGGAAUGUGUAUUUUCAUGGCGACAUUAUUGCACUUUACGCUGCAACGGAGGAACCGGAAGCUAGAGCAGGCUACGGUGGCGGAUAUUGGCGCUGAGCGGGAUCCUUCUCUUGAAGGCUCGGAAUGUUACCAGUUGGCUAUGGAUUGGAAUUGUCAUCCUACCUAUCGGUACACGAUUUGA